AUGCAGGACAGCGAUGAGUACGGCGACGAGUUCGAUGACACUGCCUUUCUCGACGCCGCCACCCAGGCCGAGCGGGACCACACGCCGGCAUUCCAGCCGUCGCCGCGGCCAGCCAAGCGGCCGAGGCUCAACAGCUCGACCAGGCAGCCCGCGUCCAUUCCACGCAGAGCACAAAGCGGCCGUCGUCGGGGUCCUUUUGCGUCGUCGGAUGAGGACCGUGAAACCGACGGCGAGGGUGCAUUGUCUGAUUCCGGAAGCCAGAGUCUGUCGCCCGCCCCAAAGAAGGCGCCCGCAAGUCGCAAGAAGAAACUCCAGCCGACGGCCUGGGAAAAUGACUUUUCUGAUGCCGAAUAUGUAUCACCUGCAAAAGACAGUCGAGCAGCAAAGCGCCAGGAACGCAUCCAUGUCCCCACUACAAACAUGGACAUGGCAGACGUCUUUUACACGCAGCCGCCGCAAGAGCACUCGCCGCCCUGGAAGCCAAGAGGUGCAAUAUGGGCAAAACCCCCGGCCCCAAAGAAUGCCCAAAAGCCCUCUGAGCCACCCAAGCAGCCCGGCCUAGAUGCCAUCAGGACAAUGUCCCUGCCAGGUAGACAGUCCAUAUCGGGGCCUGAGAUUCCCGACUACGACUUUACCCAAGACCUGGCCGAUCUGCCGUCUGACGCCUUCUCUUCUUUGUCCUCGUCUCCGCAGAAGCAAGCCGACUCAGAAUCCGCUAGUGCCCGUAAGCGUGUCGCGGCGCCCCAGACAGGCCUACGACAGACGACCUUGUUUGGACGCGCUGGCAUCAACAAUGCGAUCCCGCCGUCUCAGGCCAACAAGCGUUACAACUUUGUCGUCGACCAGAAGGCGGAGCCCCCGACUCACCACAAACUGGACCCGGAAGCCAUCAAGACAUGGGUCUAUCCGACAAACCUGGGGACGAUUCGAGAUUACCAAUUUAACAUUGUUCAAAGAGGCCUCUUCCACAACCUAUUGGUUGCUCUCCCCACUGGUCUCGGCAAAACUUUCAUUGCAGCCACCAUUAUUCUCAAUUGGUUCCGAUGGACAACCGAAGCCCAGAUUGUUUUUGUCGCUCCUACGAAGCCAUUGGUUGCUCAGCAGGUUGAGGCAUGCUUUAAGAUUGCGGGUAUACCCCGCUCAUACACUACAAUGUUGACGGGCGGGGUACAAACGGGCUUGCGGGCGGAAGAGUGGAGUACAAAGAGAGUGUUUUUCAUGACACCGCAGACGUUUUUGAACGACUUGAAGGCAGGAUACGCAGACCCCAAGAAGAUUGUACUUCUGGUAGUCGACGAAGCCCAUCGGGCGACUGGCGCAUAUGCAUACGUUGAAGUCGUCAGCUUCCUGCGACGAUUCAAUAGUAGUUUCCGGGUCUUGGCCCUGACAGCCACGCCUGGCGCUGAUGUAGAGUCGGUGCAAAAGGUCAUUGACGGUCUCGACAUUUCCAAGGUGGAAAUCCGAACGGAAAACUCCAUGGACAUUUGCAGUUAUGUGCACCAGCGCAAGAUUGACAAGCAGGUGUUCCAGAAUACCGACGAGAUGGAGAUGUGCAUGGAGCUAUACAGCCAGGCACUCCAGCCUCUGGUGAAUACGAUUGCUGGCCUGAAUGCAUACUGGAGCAAGAACCCUCGCGAUCUAACGCCAUAUGGCUGUCAGCAGGCUAAGAAGAAGUGGUUUCAAGAAGCCGGACGCAACGCAAACCGUGGCCUGCAGAGCACUGUUCACACAAUCUUCGCAAUCCUUGCAUCAAUCUCGCAUGGCAUGGAUCUGUUAAAGUACCACGGCGUAGGUCCGUUUUACAUCAAGAUGAAGGAGUUCCAAGACGAAAGCGCAAAGACAAAGUCAAAAUACAAGAAACAGAUCCUCGAUAGCGAUGCGUGGAAGAAGCUCAUGUCGCGCUUGCAAGGGUGGAUGGCGGAUGCCAAUUUUGUUGGCCAUCCAAAGCUGGACUAUCUGCAGCAAGUCAUACUGGACCACUUUGUAAAUGCAGAAAACGGCCAGCACGCUGGUGGCUCGCAGACAAGAAUCAUGGUAUUUGCGCAUUUCCGUGACAGUGCUGAAGAAAUUGCGCGCAUCUUGAAGAGACACGAACCCAUGAUCCGGCCCCGCAUCUUUGUUGGUCAAGCACACGGCAAGAACUCGGAAGGCAUGACGCAGAAGGAUCAACUAGAGGCUGUUGAGCGAUUCAAGAAUGGUGAAUUCAACACGCUGAUUGCUACGUCCAUCGGUGAAGAGGGUCUGGAUAUUGGCGAGGUCGAUCUCAUCAUUUGCUACGACUCGAAAGCAUCGCCCAUCCGCAUGUUGCAGCGAAUGGGUCGUACCGGCCGAAAGCGCCAGGGAAGAAUUGUCAUGCUGCAAAUGGAAGGCAAGGAAGAGAAUGACGCGAACAAGGCCAACGACAGUUAUCUCAAGAUGCAAGAACUCAUUGCGGCGGGCACCCAUUUCAACUUCCACGACGAAAUAUCUCGGAGGAUUCUGCCGGCCGAUGCAAGGCCUGUUGUGGAUCGACGGAUGGUGGAGAUACCUAUUGAAAACUCGCAGCAGGACUGGCUUCCAGAGCCGAAGAAGGGCCGACGUACCAAGAAACCAGAAAAGAAGUUCCAUAUGCCGGACAACGUCAUCACUGGAUUUGUCACUGCAGGGCGCAUGGGUGAGGAGAUUGUGCCCAAGGGUCGCGGGAAGAGGGCGGCUGCACCUACGUAUGCAAGCGAAGAGCCUUUUGUGAUGCCUUCGCUCGAAUCCGUCCUGCUAGACGACGAAGCAACGCUAGAUCUCGAAAAGAGAUAUCAGACUGUGUUUGAUGACGACGAUGCUCACAUGGUCGAUGUGCUUGACCUCGGCAAGUACCCUGAGCGGCAACGGAUACUGCCCUACUCCAGCCGGCGAGUCGGGCCGGGGCGUGCUACGCGGGCGUUUGCCCUGAUGAUGCAACGCAUGCACGACAUGGAUGAGGAUCGUCUGGAUAGUUUCAAGCUCAACCUGCAAUUCUCGGAUUGCGAGUCGGAUGCAGGAGAUGACUUUGUGGUCCCAAACACAGCAGCAGUGCCAGUGAUUAACGAAGAGAUGUGGGAAGAUGACGACCCUGCAUCCCCGGGCCUCAAGACCAGAGCCAAGCCUGCUCCAAAGUCAAAUGCAAAGGCACCAAUCAAGCCCAGGGCGAAAGCGGUGCCGAAGCCAAAGGAGAAGGCUGCUGCAGAAGUAAAAGAAUAUAUGGUACCUAAAACACCGGCACCUCGUGGUCGGCCGCGGAAAGACCACAUUGCUGUGCAGACGCCUGCUCAGCAGUGUAUAGUGGACGAUGAGACGCCCCGAACCAAGACACCCAAUUGGCGUGUAUCUGGCCUUGCUCAGGAAGGCAAUGAAUCUUCUCCUCCGCCAACAGACCCCCGCUUCCGCAUUGCAUCCCAAGCGGACACGAUUGGAUCUGAUGAUACAGAAGGAGCAGACGAGCCACAGGACACGCAGGCAUAUUUAUUAGACUCUGAGCUUGCCAGCUUUAUUGUCGAGGGGGAGGAAGAGGAGAUAGCUCCAACUUCCAGUCUACCCAGCCUCAAUCUCUCUGGCCUUGGGGCCGGGACACAGGCAGUUGUUAAAGCUGGCAGGCCCAAGAGGACACCCAAACGACAGAAGAUUUUCACGAGUGAUGCCACAGACGACGAUGCAGUCGUCAGCAGCGACAGUGACGACGAUGCGCCGCUUGCUAAGCCCAGGACAGGUGCGAGCAGGAAGCAAUCGGUUGUGGCAGACUCUGCUUCCGAGGUGGAAGAGGAGCCCGUCUUGGCCCGAAAGAGGGCCAGACGGAUAGUAGACGACGAUUCGGAUGAUGAGUAA